AAAGAAGGCCGAGUUGUUUUUCUUUCCAAUAGCCAUGAGCAUGAUAUUCACCCUGACCUGAUGCCCAGUUUCUUCGAGUGCGCAAAGACUCCACGUCGAUUUGUAGAGGACUUUACCCAAGAGGAAGUUGAAGCCUUUGGGCCUAACUUGCAACUACGUACUUGUAGCAGAUAUAAAUACAGGAUCACUGGUUUAUGUCUCGAAAGAUGA